AGGAGGGGCCCGCCAGGGGUUUAGCAACAUCUGGAAAUCUCUUUCUCUCCGUUGUGCCUGAAAGAUCAAAGCAGCAUGUCUUUUAUUAAAGUGGACGAGAAUUCCCAUUUCCCCAUUCAAAACCUGCCCUACGGAAUCUUUUCCACGCCAGACGAGCCCAGACACAGGAUUGGAGUAGCUAUUGGUGUUCAGGUGCUGGACCUCAAUGCUGUUAAACAUCUGUUUGAUGGACCUGUCCUUUCAAAGCAACACCAUGUCUUUGAGCAGUCGACUCUCAACGCUUUCAUGGCAUUGGGCUGGGAAGCUUGGACUGAGGCCAGAUCAUGGCUGCAAAAGAUUCUCUCGGACAAAGAGCCAACUCUCAGAGAUAACUCAGAGUUACGCAAAAGAGUAUUUAUACCUCAAGCGUCUGCAAUAAUGCAUCUUCCUUCUGAAAUUGGAGAUUACACAGAUUUCUACUCUUCUUGGCAACAUGCAACAAACGUCGGAAUGAUGUUUAGAGGGAAGGAGAAUGCUCUGAUGCCCAACUGGUUGCACCUACCAGUUGGGUACCAUGGACGUGCUUCCUCCGUUGUCAUAUCUGGGACACCAAUCACAAGACCAGUGGGCCAAAUGUGUCCUAAUGACAGUAAAAGUCCGCUUGUUGCUGCUUCCAAACGUUUGGACAUUGAAUUGGAAAUGGCAUUUUUUGUAGGGCCUGGAAACAAGCUUGGAGCACCCAUCCCCAUUGGUGAAGCUCACAAACACAUCUUUGGAAUGGUGCUCAUGAAUGACUGGAGUGCUCGUGACAUUCAGAAGUGGGAGUAUGUCCCCCUAGGUCCUUUCCUGGGCAAGAGUUUUGGCACCACUAUCUCUCCAUGGGUUGUCACAAUGGAAGCUCUGAUGCCUUUUGCACUGCCAAAUCCUAUCCAGGACCCCAAGCCCCUGCCUUACCUUUGUGAUGAUCAGCCAUAUACUUUUGACAUAAACCUCUUCGUUGCUAUAAAAGGAGAGGGUAUGAGCAAGCCGGGAAAUAUUUGUAGGUCAAACUUUAAGCAUAUGUACUGGACCAUGAAACAGCAGCUAACUCACCACACUGUUAAUGGUUGCAACCUCAGACCAGGCGAUCUUUUGGCCUCUGGAACUAUUAGUGGGCCAGAACCUGAGAAUUUUGGCUCCAUGUUGGAACUGUCCUGGAAUGGGACAAAAAGUAUCGAUCUUGGGCAUGGUCAAUCCCGAACAUUUCUGCAGGAUGGAGAUGAGGUCAUUAUUACAGGGUACUGUCAGGGAAAAGGUCACCGUAUUGGUUUUGGUGAAUGUUCUGGAAAAAUCCUUCCUGCCAGAAUAAUCUAAGAUGUCCAUGUCCUUGAACAAAACAUACAAAAUGGAGACGUUUCAAGAUAUUUCUACCCUUGUUUGACAUAAAGAAACAUAAAUGUCGGUUACAGUUCUCUCUCUCUCUCUCUUUAGUCAAUGUUUUUAACGAACACUUUUUUGGCAGAUUUCUGAUUUCCUGAUAUUUUCUUGGCAAAUAUAUUUUUGGAAUGCAAGUGUGUUCCAAAGGUGUUUUUUCAAAAGGCAACUGGACUUUCAUAGUUUUUCCUUGAAGAUGUUUCACUUCUCAUCCAACUGAAGAAGCUUCUUGGAUGAGCAGUGAAACAUCUUCAGGAAAAAACAAAGAAAGUCUGGUUGCCUUUUGAAAAAGCCCUUUUGGGACAACCUGGAUGACUGAAAUUUUCAAUAGGUAACAGCAAUUGUGCAUUAUGUUCUCAGUGUUGCAUUUCACUUAGGUCUGGUUUUGUAACUUUAUUUCUAAAAAAUUCUAUCGACACACUGUACAUGGGCAGAUGUGAAUUCAUCUUUUGCCAUGUAAGCUAGCUAAAAAAAUUAUGUAUUGAAUAGUU